AAAUAACAACAUUUGCUUGUAGUCUUCCAACUUUGAAAGUCUAAGUGAAACACGCCUUCAAAAUGUCGAGGACUUUGCUAAGAAAUUCUCUAACAAUUGCCAUAUUUUUGGCAAUUUCCUGGGCCGUGUUGUCCAUUGAGGAGAACGAUUACGAUGAGAAUAAUCCCGAGUUAGCUGGCUACCUUGAAGGUGAUAUCGUGCCCGAUUCUCUCACACGCAAUGGUUAUCCCGAUCGAAAAUGGCCAAAUAACACCAUUAAAUACGUCUUCUCCUGGAGUUUCACUGAAGCCCAAAAGGAAACGGUUCGCAAGUGUUGCCGCGAACUGGAAAACAGAACUUGUGUUCAUUGCCGUGAAACUAUUUUUCUGGAUUAUGGUUAUGUGUACCUUACCAACGAGGAGGGGGGUUGUUUCUCUCAAGUUGGCUUCCAACCCUAUCCAUUUGCCCAGAUUAUGAAUCUGGGACCUAAUUGCCUAAAGAAUCAUGUCAUAGUUUGUCAUGAGUUCAUGCAUGCGCUGGGUUUAAGCCAUGCUCACAACUCCUAUGAUCGUGAUGAUCACGUUCGAAUUAAUUUCGAAAAUAUCAAAGAAGGAAAUGAGUAUAAUUUCGAAAAAAAGGAAGAUUCAUUGGAUUGUCUAGUUCCCUAUGACAGAGAAAGCUCAAUGGGCUAUGGACCAUAUGUCGGUUCAAAAAAUGGCAACGAAACAAUAACACCGCUUGAUGGUAACUAUACGGGAAUGGGUCAACGUAAAAGAAUUGCAGAUUCCGAUAUUGAGAAAAUUAAUAGAAUAUAUUGCUACAAUAAUUGUACGGCAACAACAAAUACUACAACUACAACAACCACAACAACUUCUGCUACAACUACAAUAACGGAGGAAACUACAACGACGGAGGAAACAACAACAACUAUUAUGUGGUAGAUUUUCUUUGACAUU